CAGACACUUUCAUCGGGUCAUGGUUAAAGGAGUGUCUACCAAGUGUCUACCACAAAAUGGAUGGGUAUAAGGCAAAUGAUUGCCUGGAGAUGAAUAACACCCUGUCAAAGUAUUACCUUUCUACCAUGUAUACUAUUGAGUUCAUUUUUGGCAUCAUUGGAAAUAGCAUUGUCGUCUUUGGCUACAUCUUCUGCCUGAAAGUUUGGAAAAGUGGCAAUAUUUACCUGUUUAACUUAUCAUUAUCAGACUUUGCAUUUCUAUGUACACUUCCAAUGUUGGUGACAAGCUACUGCAAAGGAGAGUGGACAUAUGGGGAUGUUUUGUGCCGAAGCAACAGGUUCCUCCUGCAUGUAAACCUAUACACAAGCAUCCUUUUUCUCACCUUUAUCAGCAUUGAUCGUUAUAUGCUCAUUCAAUAUCCCUUCAGAGAUCAUUUUCUACAGAAAAAGAAGAUAGCUGUUGUUUUAUCUGUUGCCGUAUGGAUUCUGGUUACACUUGAACUGGUGCCAAUAUUCACCUUCAUAAAAACUGAUGUCAGUGAUAACCAAUGUAGAGAUUAUGCAAGUUCUGGAGAAGCAGAAAGGAACUUGAUCUAUAGUAUGUGCCUGACGUUUUUGGGGUUUGUAAUCCCUCUGUGUGUUAUGUGCUUUUUUUACCUGAAGAUGGUUCGCUUUCUUAAGAACCGUAGUGAGCAGUUCACAGCUGCUCAGCCACUUGAGAAACCUCUUUCUCUAGUCAUCAUAGCACUGGUUAUCUUUUUACUCCUCUUUACUCCAUACCACAUAAUGCGCAAUGUGAGGAUUGCCUCUCAAAUGAAAUCCUGGAAUCAAACCCAGUGCACAAAGAACAUCAUCCACGCCAUUUAUAUUAUCACACGGCCUAUUGCCUUUUUAAAUAGUGUCAUUAAUCCUGUCUUUUAUUUCCUCAUGGGUGAUCACUUUCGGGAAAUGCUGAUGACUAAAGUAAGACAACUCUUAAAAAGGAUAACACCCACAGCAAAUGAGGUGAUGACAAAGCACUCUGACACAGAAACACCCUGAGGAAUAAAGGUCCCUGGUUGAUGGAACAGCUUUUACUGCUAUAUAUUGAGGCUUUAUGUAGAUAGCUUCAUUUAGGGUUGGCUAGUACAUGAAAUGAAGCCAUUACUUACCAACGGCAUAAUAAACCUGAUCUUACUAUCUUUAUUCAGGCAAAAUUCUCACUGGCUUCAAUAGCUGGUUGUAAUUAUAACAG